AUGAGUUUGAAGCCGGAGGUAGGGAUGCUCGAUGUGGGGACCCACUGCGCGUUCUGUAGACAGCUCGAUUUCUUGCCCUUCCACUGUGGUGCCUGUGGCGGGGACUACUGUGAGUUGCAUCGGACGAAAAGCGCACACCAUUGUGCAAGUCUUCUGGGCAACAAUGAGGGCAAGAAGGAUCCUGCCAAUUCCGGACAGACCCAACCAACAAGCCAUGGGGAGCGGUACUUCCAGGCUUUGCUCCCUGAGAAGGGGUAUAUCAGGGUGAAGUCUGAUGGCACUGGAUCCGGGAAAUCACCACCACAGCAACCUCGCACGGUCAAAUCUACGAUGGGUACCACCGCGAUGAGCAAGCUGUUGAAGUUCUUCCAGCGAACUAAACAGCGCCAGUCCUCGUCAUCGUCAUCGUCAUCGUCAUUCUCACCUCGACGGCCGCCCAAUAGGGUGGUGCAGCUGGCACAGUUGAAGAAACGGUGUCGUGGGGACUCAAAGAUCCCGCAGGACAACAGGGUGUACGUCAUUUGCCAUGCGGUUUCUGAGCGGGACGCUGAGGGAGUGCCCCUGUUUGUGAACAGGAUGUGGCCCAUCGGCCGUGCACUGGACUACAUUGCGCAGGAGUUGAACGUGUCAAAUACGAACAACAAGAUGGGCACCGCUGAAGCGGAGAAGCUGUUCAUAUACAUGAACAACGGGCGGGACGACCAGCUGGUGGAAUUGAACACUGGAGAAAGGGUUCAGAACACCAUUCACGAUCUGGACUCGCUGUACCUGAUCCGCGGUAAACUGCAGCAAUGA